AUGGACAAGCGUUUCAAGGAGAUUUUGACAACUAUAAAGAGCAAAAUCAAGAUCUUGUGUGUGCUCCUUCUGAUCUCUGGUGCAGCUGCAGAUGAUGAAGGUAGUUGGAACAGAUUGUGGAACAGAAACGUGGGAAAGAUAGCGUUCGACAACGCCGACAAUGCAGCAGACUUUUACAGACCUCAACCUCAACCAGUUGAUGGCGGAUGGAGUGAGUUUGGAGAUUGGUCAGAGUGCUCAGUUGAAUGUGGAGGAGGAUCCCAGACGAGGACCAGAACCUGCAGUAAUCCUGUCCCUGAAUAUGGUGGAGCCAAUUGUCAGGGCCAAAGUGACGAGGCUCAGGAUUGCAACAGUCAAGAAUGUCCAAUUGAUGGUGGAUGGAGUGAGUUUGGAGAUUGGUCAGAGUGCUCAGUUGAAUGUGGAGGAGGAUCCCAGACGAGGACCAGAACCUGCAGUAAUCCUGUCCCUGAAUAUGGUGGAGCCAAUUGUCAGGGCCAACGUGAUGAGGCUCAGGAUUGCAACAGUCAACAAUGUCCAAUUGAUGGCGGAUGGAGUGAGUUUGGAGAUUGGUCAGAGUGCUCAGUUGAAUGUGGAGGAGGAUCCCAGACGAGGACCAGAACCUGCAGUAAUCCUGUCCCUGAAUAUGGUGGAGCCGAUUGUCAGGGUCAAAGUGAUGAGGCCCAAGAUUGCAACACUCGCUCCUGUCCAUAUAUUAAACUUGUCGUACACUGUAACGACAUUGAGGUGCUCAACACCUUGAUAUCUGAGUCAACGUGUGGUUACAGUUAUUGGAAAACUAAAUGGACCAGAAACGUUGGAAAGAUAGCGUUCGCCAGUAACGACAAUGCAGCAGACUUUUACAGACCUCAACCACAACCAGUUCGCAUUGUUUAG